CUCUCCCGCUUUUCUCGCCCGCUCGCGUCGGUCUUUUCUUUGUCCGCAUCGCAUCUCCGCAUUUUCCCAGUGUCUCAGUGCCUCCAGUGCCGACAGUUUUCCUCCGAAAAAUUGUCAAAAAUAAUACAGCAAAAAAAGGAAACAAGGCAAUACAAGUAAUAAAUAAAAACCAGCCAAGAAAGGCCAACCGUGAAAAUAUAAAUAUAAAUUCCUGGCGUCAACUGUCAGCGACAGCGGCAUUUUCCAGCACAAUGUUGUUUCUGUGCAUUCGGCGAUUUUAGUGGGGCAACACAAUUUUGCGCUUGGCUUGCAAAUGUUCGAGAUGGCCCCAAAUGGAUGCAGUCGGACACUGGUGGCGGGAGCCGCCUAGAAAUCCUGGAGAGCUCGAAACCGAAACUGAAACCCCAAACCCAGAGCAAAACCAAAACCGAAACCGAAACAGAGACCGAGACCCCAGACUCGAAAAUAAUGUACUGCCGGAGUGGGCAUUAUUGAAGUAGACAACGCUUCGGCAGACCGAGUUGAGAGCACAGGGUUAAGAGCUAUUCUUGGGGGAGUCGGAGGAGUACAAUGGUCAUCCAGUGCACAUGUGAUUGCAACUGCAGUGAUAGUAGAGAUAACCGGAGCAUCAUAUCCUGCCUGCUCCCGGGCCGCAGUCAGCCGUACAAGUUGGGCUCCUCGUUCGGUGGCGAUGAUAUGGAGCAGAGGAUACCGUACUACCGCCGCCUCUCUAAUACCUCAUCGGCGCUCUACGGCAGCUGUCCCCAGCUAUUACCCAGUAGCAGUAGCACCACUAACCAUCAUUCCUGGCUGAGAAUCCCCAAGAAUCCCCUGGAAAAUCCCUCGGAGAACCCCAACGAGAAUCCCCGGCAGUACUCGAGUCUGGUGAGGCCCAAACAACGCAGUCCCGUGCUGUGCAACAAAUCCUGGUGGGUCUCAUGUCCACGGCUCUCCUAUUUACCAGCUGAGCAAACGAAAAUGCAGUCCACGACCACGCCCACCCGUCACUGCCAUGGUGGAGGAGGUGUCGCCACCCAAACCACCGGCCCACAAACCAUCAGCACACCACCCACUCUGCCCAGAUUCCCGAGCAAACGGCAUUGUGACAAUUUUGGCAGCUACGCCACAUUGCCCACCAUUGAGCAGCAGAUGCCCAUGAUGCCCCACUGCAGUCGACACGGCGGGGGUAGUGGUGUAGUGGGUGGUGCAGUUGGUCCCGGGAUGGGUGGUGUAAUGCCCGCCCCACCGCCGCCCCGUUAUGCGAAUCCCAAUUUCAAUGGUUGCUGUUAUAUGUACAACCCAAUGCCCCCGGCCCAUCAGAGCCACCUCCAGCACCAGCACGGCCAGCACCACCCACAGCACCACCAGAUGCCCCAGCACCAGCAUCAACACCACCCCCACCAGUACGCCCCGCAGUAUUGCCUCUGCGAUAAUUGGUACCAUCAGCCACCGCCGCCGCAGCAGCAGCAACAGCACCACCAACAAAGGGCCAAGAAUCUGAUGGCCAAUGGAGGCUGCUAUUUUGGCUACGAGGGGAACCACCAUCCCAGCCUGCAUGCCACGCCCCCACACCCUAGCCAUAUAACUGACGAGGAGGAUUCGGCAUUUCCAGGACUGGCCGAUCGAGAGUUCCACCUGCUGCACCGGAAUAUCCCGGCUCUGCGACGGACCGGAGUGGAUACCACACGCAUUAGACAGUACUUUUACCCCGACGGUGGCUGGGGCUGGAUCAUUUGUGGCGUGUCCUUUCUGGUCCACAUUCUGACCACCGGACUGCAGCUCAGCUACGGCCUUUUGUGGUUCUAUGCCGUCCAGUAUUUGCAUAAUACCAGUGGCAUAGAACUGCUGGGCGCCCUGAGCUGGUCAGUUUCCAUGGUGGCCACAUCGUUUGUGGUGUCCCUCUGUCGCAAGCGCUCCAUCCGCCUCCUGUCCAUCGUGGGUGGCCUGGUGAUGCCCCUGGGCAUACUGUUCACCUCAUUUGCCACGGAAUUUGGCCAGGUUGUUUUCAGUUAUGGCAUCGUCUUUGGAGUCGGGGUCGCCAUGGUGCGGGAGGCUUCCACCGUGAUGCUGGGCAAUUACUUUAAGCGGCGCCGUCAAUUCGUCGAAAUGGUGGCCAUGUCCGGCGAGGGAGUUGGCAUCGCUUUGUUCUCCGUCAUCCUGAAGGAGGGCGUAGGCAAGGCGGGCUGGCGCCUGGGCCUCCAGAUUGUCGCUGCCUUGACGGCACUCAGCUUUUUCAUGGGCCUAAUGUACCGCCCCGCCUCCCUAUAUCAUCCCCAGCGCCGUGCCAUUCAGCAUCUCAAAAAUCAGCGCAAAAAGAUGAGGGAGAAGAAGCCGAUUCUCAGCCAGGAGGUGGAGAGCACACCGAGAUACCUAUUUCUGGACAUAUCAUCACUGAAGUCGGUGACUGUUAAAAUCUUACUCAUGACCUCCAGCGUGGCCUCCUUCGGCAUCUAUACACCCAUGUUCCUAAUGGCUCUCAAUGCCGCUGAGCAGGGCUCUGAUGUGCAGGAGUUGGUUCUCCUGCAGACCUUUCUGGGAAUUUCCAUGGCCCUGGGUGUGGUUAUAGCCGGGGCCUUGCUAAGGCGAUGCUUUGUGAUCAGGCACUUUGUGAUCAACACCAAGAUUGUCACACAGCUUUUCCUGUCAAUUGUGGCCCUGGCCAUCCUCUUCCUCUCCUUUGUCAUGGGCUACACAGGCCUUUGUAUACUGAGCUGGCUCUAUGGGAUCGGCCUGGGUGGCUUCCAAUACUCCCUGAAGAUUUUGGCACUCGAACGCAUCAAGCUGAAACAUUUCUCCAAGGCUUGGGGUUUCAUCCGCGGGGUUGAGUCAGUUCCUGUGCUGAUAAGCGUUCCACUCACCUCGUUUCUGAACGAUUACUCCCUUAAAUACGGUCGGGCUGGCUAUUACAUAUGCUCGGCGGCGGCAGCCAUCUCGGGAAUUAUAAUAUUCUUCAUCAGUGAGCCCCAGCAGCAGCAGCAACAGCAGCAGUUGCACCAUCAUCAUUAUCAGCAGAGGAACGGUCAUGUGCCGACUCCCAUGUUGAUGCGCCACUCCUCCGCCCGACAGCACCGCCCCCAAUUGCCGAUGGACUACGGAUACGGGGAGUACCCCGCCCCCGAUCUGCUCAGUCGGAGCUGCAUUAGUCUCAAUCAAAUGGAGCCCUAUCUGCAGACGAACUUCUGCCAGAGGCACAUGUUGCAGCAGCAACACCAGCAGCAGCAGCAACACUCCCACUUGCAGCAGUUGGCCUGCCAGAAUCUCGACUUACAGCAGCACCAGGUGCGUGGAGCCUACCAGUUGGGCCAGGGGAGCAUCGGGGCCAAGAUGGGCAAGCGACUGCAGCGGAGUCUGUCCUUCAUCCAGCAGCACAGCAACUGCUGCGACGGGCAGAUGUACUGCAGCUGGCACAGCACCUACGAGCUGGGCUGCCACAAGAGCAACAAGAACCCAGGAUCGGCGGACCGUCAGCCAUUGAUAUGCACCUGCAGCAGUCCGAGCAGGAAUCCAGUCACCUAUGGAACAUCUGCUCCACACGGACCACCCAGCUCCACCCGCAGUCGCAGUGUUCCGGAGGGCCUUUCCACGAUGUCGCAGCAGUGUAACUGUCGGCAGGGUCCUGCCACUGUGCCUGCCCCCACAAGGGAGUUCAUCUACGUGCCGCACGCCUAUGCCUCCCUGCAACGAACGCCCCAUCGCCAUAGCCAGGGCUCGGGCUCGGGUUCGGCGGGGAAUUCGGCAUUGCGAAACAAUCCACAAUGCCGGCUCAAACGAUCCCAGUCCCUUUGCAGACCCACUGCCGUGCAGUUCGUGGAGCAAAUCACCACGUCCGUAUAAGAAAAUGCCCAGUGACGAGGACACUGGGAAAAAUUGUAAGGGAAAUGUUGGAAAAUCCUAAGAAAUGUACCAUACAAAAUGUUAGGUCUCAGAACGUGUCUCAUGCGAUUUUCUACAUUUCAAUGCAAGUUUUCCCAGUGUAUGGAAAACAUAAAAAUAAAAGGAAAAAUCGAAGAGGCCGCAACAAUUGGGUCCUAUAAAACUUAUAUUUUGGUAUUACGGUCCCACCCACACACACGACUACGUGAACCGCAUGCACAAUUUGUCAGAUCUCUUCUAGUCUUUUGUCGUAGCUCUAUUAGGAAUGUAAACUUAAAACUCCAACCGAAUGAAGUCGAAAGUGUAACUGAAGUCCCACAACCCGAAACUCGAUGAAUUUUUCAGAGAAAAUCCACACUUAACUUUACACACAUACAUACGCCUGCACUAAGCUAGGAUGAAAAUUUUACUCAUUAGCAUAUUAAUAUAUUAUAGAGAUUACAGACAGACGGAAAGCUUUAUCUUUGUCUCAAGCAGAAGUAUUCAACUUGUGGCCACUACAUAAAUAUUUAUGAGAUAAUUCAAUCGAGCGGAGAGCAGAUGAAACCGGAAAAUGGAAAACGGAAAACAAACAAACUUCUUUAAUGGUCCAUUUUAUAAACGUGCAUACAAUUUAACCACCGAAAACCGAAAAACGAAAAACGAAAACCGAUUACCGACAUAUAUACAUAUAUAAUAUAUAUAUACAAGAGGAUGUUCACAUGGACAUCAAGUCGAUCCAAUUAAACGACUCUUUUCCCCGAGGACAAGGCUGAGCU